AGUGAAGUAGAUAGUUUUAUAGCUUAUGUUAUGGUCACUGACACUGAUAGUGGACCUAAUGGUGAGGUUAUCUGUGAUUUAAAACAUGAUAAGUUUAAACUUGCCAAAAUAGAUUCUAAAGAAUAUAAAAUGAUUGUUAAGGGCCAUCUUGACAGAGAAAUAAGGGACCACUAUAAAGUAUCUAUUGUGUGUCAUGAUAUGGGGUCACCUCAACUAGAAAGUAAAAAAUAUUUCUCUGUCAAAGUAACUGAUGUCAAUGAUGUAGAACCACAUUUUACCAAAGAGACAUUCCAAUUCCUCACCUAUGAAAACCAGAAAGUUGACUUCCCUAUUGGCUUCAUCAAUGCUACAGACCCAGAUCUUGGAGAUGGAGGCCAACUUACAUAUUCUAUCAUCAAUGAUAACAACAAUGAUAACAUUCCUUUCCAACUGACAAAAUAUGGAUUUAUUUCUACAUCACAAUCAAUAGAUCGAGAAAUGAAAGACAUCUAUAAGUUCCAGGUUUUAGUGAAAGAUAAUGGAACACCUUCUCUCAAUGACACUGCCAAUAUUGUUAUUGAGAUUCUAGAUAAAAAUGAUAAUGCUCCGUAUUUUACGUUUCCUAAUAAUGACCCUUACAAUCUCGAUGUCCACUACCAUCCACACAGUAAGAAGGACAUCACAAUUCUGAGAGCAUCUGACAAAGACACUGGAAACAAUGCUUUCCUCACAUAUGGAAUACUGAGAUCCAAUGAUAAAAACCUGUUUACAGUGAACUCACACACUGGUGUGUUAUCUUUCUCUCGCACAGUUUACCAAAAUGAUGCAGGAACAUAUGAGCUGCAGUUUAUAGUGAAAGACGGUGGUACUCCAGUUCAAUCAGCAACAACUGCUAUCAUACUAACACUGUUUGUUAGUAAUGAUACAUCUCCAAUGUUGACUGCUGUGCCAUUCCAGUCUGGUCACGACCUGAAUAUGACUUGGGUAAUUAUCAUUGUAGCAGCAGCUGUAAUACUAUCUGUGGCUAUUGUAGUGUCCAUAACACUGUGUGUUUUCAGAUGUAUUAAUCACACAAAUAACUCACCCACAACAGCAGAGAAUCCCAACUUUCUCUCUCAGACUGAGAUGAGACAAUUACUGUAUCAGACCAACAAUCCUGUUGCAAUAACGAGAAAUGCAGAAGAGAUAUUUAACCGAAAUCUUCAGACAAUAAAAUCUAAAAGUCAGUUUUUUCUGGAGAUGGAACAGACACCAGAUGAAUGGAAAUUCUCAACAACACAAAGGAGACUUCCACCUGUGCCUCAGAGAUGUGAUUCAAUCCAUAGUCAAGGACGUCGUACCAGUUCCAUCAUGUCUUACAACAGUGACACCUUAACAUCCCAAAAGGACAGAGAAGCUAGCAAGAGUAAUGGCAAGACUAAACCAUAUGAUGAGAUACCUGCAGAACCAGAAUAUACCAAUGACAAUCCAGUGGCAGCCACAAUACUAAAGGGACAACAAAUACAAGAUACCUAUCUACAGCCAACAUAGUAGAUGUUCCAUGACUAUUGUUAAAUGAUUCUCUCACACACCAAAUCUUAUACAAUACUUUAUAUUCAUAUAAAAAUAUCAACUCUAUGUUUCUUUCACACAUCGC